GGCGGGCCGGGGCUACGCCGAAGAGGAUGCUGAUGGCGGCGGAGGAGGAGGUGCGGCGGCGCGGCGUCCUCCAGUCGGGGAUGCGCGUCCUCCGUGAGCAGCAUCGGGGCUGGCGGGACAUGCUGGCCACCUGCCUGCCGCUGCUGCGGGCCCUGGGCAACGUGGCUCGGCAGGCGGAGGCGGCGCGGAGGGUAUCCUUCGGAGAGACGCCGCUGCGGGCCUUCGCGCGCCUGCCGGAGCAGCUGCGACUGAAGCAGUGGGCGGCCAUAGAGGCGGUGCUGGCGGAGCUGCGCCGGGAGAAGCUGCCGGCGCUGCGGGAGGCUCGGGAUGCCAUCGGCGCGCGCCUGGUGCGGCUGCUGGCGCUCGAGGGGCCCCGCGAGCCCUUCCCGUCCUGGGCCGGGCUGCUGGCCGGGCUGCUGGACGCCGAGGCGCUCUACCACACCGUGUACUUGGAAGCGCAGCUGCUGUUGCUCUCGCUGAGCUACCGAGACUUGGCGGGGUUGCAGGCGGCCCCUCAGGCCUGGGAGCGGAUAAUGCAGCACGGGUACCGGAGAGACCGCCUGGAAGAAACGUUGCUGAAAGCCACCUUCUUUCUGGAGGACACCGCCACUGACACAUGAGAGCCCAAAGCAGCAGCAGCGGCUUGUUUGCUCCCCCCUCACCCCAGUGGAGGAUUCUUCCAGGCCAGCCCUGCUAUCUGAAGGCUCCUGGACUUGGAGUCUGCCCUGCAGGAUUGAGUGACUUUUGCAGCUCAGACUUAAAUUUCCACCCUGGAGCCUCUUUUCCAAUCUGGAGCCCAGUUCUUGGAGGCACCUCAACCUCACUGUAAAUAAAAAUGAUUUCCUGUC